AAUGUAUUAUAUCGAGAGUGAUACUUCCUAUUCUGACCUUGACACAGAUCCAAAAUCUGAACCUGAAGCCCUAGCUCUCACACUCAAGGCAAUUAAUAAGAAUACUUCUGAAAUUGAGGAUAUCAAUGACUUAUAUGGGAGUAUCUAG